UUUCACCAAUUUGUUUAAAGUUUAUUUUAAUUACCAAAAAUAAUUCAACUAUCCAAUUACUAUAAGUCUAAACAAUAAGAAUCACAUCACUUUAAACAACAUGGCAUGGAUGGGUCUAGGAGUGAUUGCUUCCGGUUUCGUUUUGCAGCGAUUACUGGGCGGCGAGACAGCCCCCAAUAAAGUAAUAGAAAUAAAAAGUGAAUCAUUGGGUACACUACAAGUACUGGCACGUGAUGAUGCUAUGGUAUUAUUUGCUCCACCCUUUAAUACAAACGAAAAGAAGGCUUUUUAUGAAAUCGUUCUACAGCGUCCAUGUACCGACUCGAAUACUACAUCCUUCAGUUUAUAUCGUUCAACCACGCAAACUGAGGCAGAGGAAAAAUUUAAUACUUUUAUUCAUCGAUUGCCAAUAUUUGUUAGCAUUGUUAAGGAAUUUUACAAUAUUAAUGGCUUGCAAAAAGUUUGUGAUAUUCUUACGGAGAAUCCUGCAUGGUCCUUAACGCAUUUAGUUGCUUAUUUCAAUAUGGUGGAUUACAUUAGUAAUCCUAAAGUUCUUCAAUUUAUCGAUUAUGCUGAUCACGCAAAUCUCAUGUCACCAUUUCAGUUAGCUGUUAAAUGUGGCAAUGUCGAAAUGGUUAAAAUUCUUCUACCACUUUGCAAAAUCGAACAUUUGGAUAACAAUAGCAACUCAGUUUUUCACUACGCAGCAAGUACUACCAAGGAGAUAAUAAAUAUAUUAAGUGAAAAGAGCACUGUAAAUCUCAAUCAUCUUAAUUCUGAUGGUUAUACGCCAUUACAUUUGGCUUGUCUAUCUGAUAAACCAGACUGCGUUGAGGCUUUGCUACUAGCAGGUGCUGAUGUUAAUAUAAGCGCUAGUAAUGUUAGUAAGAUUUACAACACAUCAGCCCCAACUUCAGUUGCCGGUUUUCUUCGUAACAACACGAAUAAAUUAUAUAAACAAGACAUGAAAUAUGGUGGUACACCUUUGCACUGGUGUUCAUCACGUGAAACACUACAAGCACUUAUCAAUAGUGGUUGUGAUGUAAAUGCAGCCAAUUUUGAUGGACGCACUGCUUUACAUGUCAUGGUGGAACGAAAUCGUUUUGAAUGCGUAGUAACGCUGUUGGCACAUGAUGCUGAAAUCGAUGUUUUUGACAAGCACGGUCAAACUCCGUUACAUAUUGCCAUUCAAAAGAAAUUUGUACCGAUUGUUGAAUGUCUUGUGGUCUUUGGAUGUGACAUUAAUAUUAGAAAUAAAGAUGGUAACAGCCCAAGGCAUAUGGUGGGUACUGAAGCUAAUGGCAGCAAAUCGGAUGAAAUUCUCUAUAUAUUGCAUUCUGUAGGCGCUAAACGUUGUUCAUCUUCAAAUACUAAGUGCCCAACUGGUUGUAAUGCAAAGGGUACCUAUAAUGGUAUACCACCAGAGGCACCAGAAUCAGUUGAACAGAGAGAACACAUU